UCGACCGGAAGCCUGUCGUCACUCGUCGGAUACUGACAUUUCCUGUGUGAGAGACGCAAAAAGCGGCGACAAAACCAACAACCAGUUUAAUCCGUUUACUAGUUUAAAUUAUUGUUCGCUUGUUUGCAGUUUAUUAUUCGUCUUAUUAUUCGUUUUAUUGCUGCGUUGAGACAGGAUGGCGGAAGACAAUAUCUUCCUCUUCGUUCCGAAUCUGAUCGGGUAUGCCCGUAUCGCGCUGGCCUUCCUCUCCUUCGCUCUGAUGCCGUGCUGUCCGCUCCCCGCGGCGUUCUGCUACCUCCUCAGUGGCCUCCUGGACGCCUUCGAUGGCCACGCCGCACGCGCCCUCAACCAAAGCACUAAGUUCGGUGCGAUGCUGGACAUGCUGACCGACCGCUGCGCCACCAUGUGUCUCCUGGUCAACCUGGCGCUGCUCUACCCCUCCUACACCUUCCUCUUCCAGAUCAGCAUGUGCCUCGACAUCUCCAGCCACUGGCUGCACCUGCACAGCUCCAUGAUGAAGGGUUCCACAAGCCACAAGAUCAUUGACCUGUCUGGGAACCCGGCCCUCAGACUCUACUACACCUCCAAGCCGGUGCUGUUCGUCAUGUGUAUGGGCAACGAGAUGUUCUUCUGCCUGCUCUACCUCCUCUACCACACCCCAGAACCAGCAGUGUGGAUGCUGGUCCUAGAAGGUGUGUGCGGGAUCAUCUGCCUCCUGAAGUCAGGGAUCAGUGUUCUGCAUCUGAUCACCGCCGCCCAGAACAUGGCCGCCCUGGACGCUGCUGAGAGACAGGCCGUCAAGGACCAAUGAGAGACGAGGAGGAGGCGUGGCUAGAUGGGGGCUGGGGUCAUAGAAGUGUGUGUGUGUGUGUGUGUGUGUGUGUGUGUGUGUGUGUGUGUGUGUGUGUGUGUGUGUGUGUGUGUGUGUGUGUGUGUGUGUGUGUGUGUGUGUGUGGAAAAUAAAGUAUCCAUUCAGAUGUAUAGAUGUACUGCCUGUGCUCCUUCUGGUCCUCAGCUUGAAGACACAGCGUUAAUAUUGUAGCGCCAGGGUUAUGUUUGUUGUGUUGUUAUACGACUGCUAUUGGUUGAUGUGUUCCCAUCAUGCUUUGUGGUGCGGAAGUUAGGGUUAAAAAGACGGUUGAGCUUUGUUGUGGUUACGGGGUGCUCGUUGAGCUUUGUUGUGGUUAAGGGGGUACUCUGGGAUUCAAUGAAGUCACUGAAAGAAUAUAGCACACCUCUGCUUUUGCCAUAUUCGCCACAAUAUUAUUAUGUUAUGUUAUUGUUAUGUUAUAAAGAGUGAUGUGCUGUUAGGAUCAGCUUGAAGAGUAGAGAGAACCAUACUUGUUAUAUUAUAUAUAGUAAUGUGCUGUACUUCCACUUUCAAAUGUUUCCUUUCCAUGCCAAACUGAAGGUGUUUGAGUGACAGAGUGUCAUCAUUAAAGAUAACAGACCGUAACCAUAACAACAGUUCAAUUAGACUGUUCUGUAAAGUGCUUUGGAAAUGUUUUAGGAUAGAAGGUUAUGUUGUUAUUUUAAUGUGUUCACAUGCAUAAUAAAGCCUCAACGCGUGACGGCUCCGUGUUGACAUCAA